AUGGCUACUCCCUCCGCGCUCGCCUCGAGAGCUGCGAGGGCUACUCGACCGACACUCCGAACACCGCGGCUACAGACCCGAUCAGCGAGCACAUUUGCAUACGAGACGGGCGAGGCAAGCGGGGUCAAGUUCGCAAGCAGAGAGCUGCCGACCGGCGUCACAACUCUGAGCGUGGUAGCCCGGGCUGGCUCACGCUUUGAACCUCUCCCUGGCUACAGCGAUGCGCUGAAGACGUUUGCAUUCAAGAGCACCAGCAAGCGGUCAGCGCUGCGGAUAACCAGAGAGAUCGAGCUGCUUGGCGGUCAAGUUCAGGCCUACAACAGUCGCGAGAACCUGGUACUGAAAGCUAGCUUUCUGCAAGAUGACCUUCCGUACUUUGCGGAACUGCUUGCAGAGGUGGUCUCGAAGACAAGAUACACAAGUAGGUGCAUACCGGCAAAGUCCCGAUUCUCCCUCUACGCAUCCUACCCCAUAACAGCGCACAAUUCAAAAGCUCCGCGACGAAAGACUGAGCAGACAAUAACUGACAUUCAAACAGCGCAUGAGCUACAAGAAGAAGUACUCGAGACGAUGAAGCUAGAACAGAAGACCCUACUCGCACAGCCUCUCUACCUCGCCCUCAACAGCGUCCACGGCGUGGCUUUCCACAAAGGUCUCGGCUGGCCACAAACACCCACUUCCUCCAUCUUCACCAAAUACGUCGACGCACCGGGCGUGGCUGACUUCGCCGACGCCGCCUAUGCCCGCAGCAACAUCGCCGUGGUCGCAAACGGUGCCAAGCACUCCGAGCUCUCGAAAUGGGUGAAGGAAUUUUUCGAGGAGACAUCGAGUGGGAACAGCAACGUCAAGAUCCAAUCCACACCCUCCAAAUUCUAUGGUGGCGAAGAACGAAUCGGACACAGCUCCGGCAAUGCCCUCAUCCUCGCCUUCCCUGGUUCCGCUGCUUUCACCUCGGGCUCGGCUUACAAGCCCGAAGUUGCUGUCCUCGCAGCCCUUCUCGGAGGCGACUCUGCCAUCAAGUGGUCGCCUGGCUUCUCGAUCCUGUCGAAUGCCGCUGCUGCGACCCCAGGCGCCAAAGUCGUGACCAACCAUGCAGCCUACAGCGAUGCGGGUCUACUGUACGUAACCCUCACGGGCAAAGCCAGCGACAUCGCGACCGCAGGCAAGAACGUAGUGGAGGCAAUCAAGAAGGUUGCGAAUGGAGACGUCAGUGAUGAGGUUAUCAAGAAGGCGGUGGCGAGUGCGCGGUUCAGUGCACUUGAGGGCGGCGAGCAGGUCGAUGCGGGCAUUGAGGCCACAGGCAAUGGUUUGAUUGUGGGCGGCAAGGCGUUCCAGAUAAGUGAAUUGGCAAAGGGUUUCGAAGGCGUGUCGAAAGCAAAGGUUGUUGAGGCUGCGAAAGCACUCACGAGCCAGAAAGCCGCGGUUUCGGCUGUGGGAGAUCUGUAUCAACUGCCAUACGCUGAGGAUCUCGGGUUGAAGGUGUAA